AUGGGAAUGGAGAGGCCGCCGCAGCGCUCUGUACCCCGGCAGCUCCUGACCGACCCUCACAAGCAGCAGCCUCCGCGGCCACCCCAAGCCUCGACGGUGACACUGAACGGGGCUGCUGCCGCCGGGGAGACGCGAGGGCGGCUGGGCCGUAGCCACCUGCGGCUGUUCCUCACCGCUCGGGCAGAGAGCAGCCCCUUCCCACGCGCUCUCCGUCACGCGCUGCUCCUCAGCAAAUAUUGGCCAACUCCAAGAGUGGUGGCAAUAAAAAAAAUCCCCACAGAGGAAAGGAACAGCCUUCAGGGAAGAGAGCUGGCGAAGGCCGAAACUCCUCCUCUUCCUCCUCCUCCUUGUCCCGGGACGUCGAGUCCUCGCUCCCUGCCGGUUGUGCCUGUGGGGAACGUGGUAGCCACCUCCCCGCCGUUUCCUCGCGGGCGGCCUCUGCUCCCCCGCUGACUUUGAAACAUCAAUGUUUCUAAACGUGUGACGUGUU